GAAGGUUGUGGAUGCCGCCCACGACAGUUGGGCAAGAUUCAGGGAGAACAUGCUGCGCAAGUAUCGGUUGGGUGAUGGGUUGCUUACCAUCCAAGAUCUUGAGGGAAUGAACAAGGAUGACUUUACCACGAUAGGGGCCUUCGUACAAGAAUUUAAGAAAAAGGCAAGGAAAGUUCACGGGAUCUCUGAGGAGAGGCAGUGCGCUAUCUUUCUGGGACUGCUUACUGGGUCAGAGGCAGCCGAACUGACAAGUCAUGGAGGAGGCAGCGCAAAGCUUACUUGGGCCACCAUCGACAGAGGAGUGGAGGAUGGGAGUUUAGACCAGGUAGAGCAGCAUCAGAUGCGCCAGCAAAGGAGGAAGAGGAAGGAAAGGGACCCUACUGCAUCAGGGACCCCAGGGUUAAAGAGGGUCGUCACUGAUGUGCUUGCGGAAUUAGGCUAUGGCCAGGAUGCCGAGACACAGAGAAAGGCGGUUGCCGUGGUCCAAGGCCGAGGGAAAGAGGUGGGGGAUGAAGGCGCCGGGCAAGAGGAUUACGGUGGGGAGGAGACGGGGCGAGGAGCUUAUCUAUCAGCUUCCUGGAGGGAAGAAAGGGCCUGCGAUGGCACAGGCGCAAACGACAGGCCGACCUUUUUUAGGGGACGGCUCAAGCAGGGAGCCCAAAGGCGGUACAAAACGGUAGACAAGAAGUGUCGCCCUGUUCCCGUGCUCGUUACAGAAGAUGAGGAGGCUUAUUACGAGCGGGAGCGAGGGUUGAUACGGCGGAUGCAAGAGCAGGCAUUGAAGGAUCCAUGCCGUAUCAAUGAUGGAAAUGAAGAGAAGCUAAUAGUCGGGGAGCCAGGCUUUCUUUCGCUCCAGGAGCGGGCGCUGAUGGUGCAACUGAUGAAGAAGAGGCAUCGCGCAUAUGCCUUCAAUGAUGACCAGCGUGGGAGGCUGGAUGUGGACAAGAUCCCGAUGAUCCGGAUCCACACCGUUCCUCAUGAGCCUUGGAAUUUGAGGGGUGCGCGAUACCCAAACCCUGAUGAGGAGAAGAUGGUGGUGGACUAUCUGGAUGGCAAGAUGCGCACGCAUGUUGCCGGCUACUCUAGUGGUCCGUACGCUUGCCCUUGGUUCUGCUUUAUUAAGCCGAACGGGACGCUACGUUGGGUACAGGAUCUACAGCGACUGAAUGCGGUAACGGUGCGAGAUGCGGGAGGCUUGCCGAACGCAGACGCACUGUCAGAGUCAUGCGCGGGGAGGCCUAUAAUUUCACUUAUAGACCUCUAUUCCGGGUAUGAUCAGUUUCAUGUCUACCCGCCCGAUAGACCGGUGACGGCGAUGCACACGCCAAGAGGGCUAAUCCACAUGAAUGUGGCCCCUCAGGGUUGGACGAAUGCGGUGGCGAUCGUGCAGAGACAUAUGAUCAGGGCCAUGCAAACAAUCAGCCCACACAUCACCCAACCCUACAUCGACGACUUGGCGGUCAAAGGGCCAAAAGAGAGAGAGGAGGACGAGGUGCAGCCCGGAGUGAGACGCUUUGUUUGGAGGCAUAUCCAGGAUCUCGAUCGAGUUUUGGGUCUGCUAGAGGAGCACAACCUUACUGCAAGCUGGCCAAAAUCCAAGCACUGCAUGAGAGAGGCCACCAUCCUGGGGUUUCUCUGCAAUGAGAGGGGCCGGAAGCCAGAUGUGAAGAAGACAGACAAAAUCCUAGAGUGGCCGGUGCCUUUCCAGACCAUAACGGAUGUGAGAAGCUUUCUUGGCACUUGCGGAUUUUGGAGAAGCUUCGUGAAAGACUUCGCCGCCAAGACUGAGCACUUAAGGAAGCUGGUGCGCCAGGACCAGGAGUGGGUAUGGGGAAAAGACCAGGAAGAAGCGGUAACCAGGAUGAAGGGAGGUUCAAGGAGGGAGGGGACACAUGGUUUGGUGGAAGAGGUGAGGACAAUAGAGGAAGGGCCUACUCAGGUAGAGGAACAUGAGCAGCUAAUGGGAGGGAUGUAUCUGCUCACUAAUACGCUCCUGCAAGGAGACUUCGACCGGAGAGGCUCGUUUAGUCAUGAGGAGAACGAAAUCCUGAUUCCUGAAAGCCAAGACAACGAGUUCGAAGAGGGAGAGAUUAAGGAGGCAUUCCGGGCAGAGGAAUACGAUGGGAUCUAUCUCAAGCUGGGCCUACUUCUAUCCUGUGAGAUGAGGGACAGGGACGCUAGCGACAAGGCGGAGAAGAUGAGGCACCUCUACAUGGUGAGAGAUGAACAUCUGUUUAUAAAGCGGCAAGUUGGGAAUCCCAAGCGGAUUGUGUGCGAGAGGAACCGACAGUUGGACAUCAUAGCGGCGUUACAUGAUGGUAUAGCAGGUGGGCACAGAGGGGUGGAGUUCCAUCAAGUCACAGAGGGUGACCUACUGGGACCCUCGUCACAAGCACCAGAGCAGAGGGAGAGUGAGGUGCCAGCAACGCCAUUCGGGAGCCCGGAGGCCCACUUGGACGCGUCCCAGUGGGAGGCCCCUUCAGCAGGAGAAAGCCCCACGGACCCAUCAGGGGGAGGGCAGACUCGCCCAGAGCCCGAGACCGGGCCGCUCAGAUUGAAGAUGGUAGGUGCGAAAGAUGUCAUUGUGGUGGGAGGUGAUACUCCCCCUGACUCACCCGCUCGAGCUCAGACACGGCGAUCCUGGCCAGAGGGCGUCGCGGAGCUAGACAACCAGGAAGCCCCAGUACCACCACCAGAGGCCACUAUGUCACCCAGGCAGGAGGUUGAGGCGAGAGGGCCAGUGGAGGGGUGGAGGACGGAGCCCCGCCUGGUUGUCGACUCACGUUUAGCCGCGCAUGCAGCCGAGCACCCUGACAUUGAGGAGCCCAGCCUGGUUGGGCCAUCAUCGGGGCCAGCGGGUGCUGAGCUAGGGGAGGGUUCGCAGACUGCGACUGGGGAAGUCGCGGAGGCAGGCACAGGAAAGGAGCCAGACAAACCCGCCCAAGCAAAGCGUGCUAGGGUACGAGCUCGCCUUGAGGAGAUACAUGAACGAAGGGACAGGAUGGAGGCUGCAGGGAUAGCGCCAAGGCCACCAGUCGCCCCAAAGACAAGUGAAGAAAGGAUUGACGAAUUGUGGGCCAGAUAUGAGGGGUGGAGAGAGGCAGCUCGCCAGAGGGCACGAGAGGCGAGCCAGGCAAUUGAGGGUGCGGACGAGGCGAUAGAGGUUGGGGAGUUGGGUUUUGCCGCCACUAGAAAGGCCAUCGAGUGGGUGGACAAGGAGAUAAAGCAGACAUCCAUCGAGGCCUUUCAAAGGUACUCCCUUCUUAGUGAUCAGUUGGCUCUCAGGAAAGACGAGGUGGAACAGCUGACUGCCCAACUCGCAGAGGAGAGGGCCGAGAACAAGGCCAGACAAACUCGCCUGGAGGCGAAGGAGGCUGAGUGGGAGGCAAAGCUCAAGGAAAUGGCGGCCUCGGUGGAAAGACUUGCCGCCACCAAGGAGGCCGCUACUUCGGCAGAUGCUCCUAUGGAGGCGCUGGCCCAAGAACCCCAACCUGCAUCAGUAGGAGAGGGGGAGGCAGAAGAGUCACUGGCAAUCCUUCUGGACGUACAGGAGGGGACUCUCACUGGAGCGAUGGAGCCUCCACGACUUGAGGCACAGGGGGAGGAGCCAUCCCGCUUGGACGAGUUGGUGGCUGCCAUGGAAGUGGAUAUGCCGCCAGAGGAGCCUCGGGAGCAGAGAACCUCGGAACACGAGUUAGAGAUGGGGGAAUUGAGAGCACAGCUAGGCUCAUGGGCCACUGAGACCGAUUCGGGAGGACCGACUACCGAGCAGUGGCAGCAGGAGGCCACGAGCCAGCCUACUAGAGCCACUACUCCCCAGGCUCUGAGGCCCUGUGAGAAGGAGAAGGGAGCCAUAUUGAAGGUAACCCGUGAGGGCUGGCCACUGAGAUCGGAUACCCCUGAGUACCAACCCGAGAGAGAAAUGCAGCAAGGGGAUUCAAGUGCCCAUGGAAUCGAAGGGGAAGCUGAAGGACCGUGGCACCUGCCCCAGAGUCAUGAAGUGAGUAAGGAGAAGGAAGAGGAGCCUCCGUCGCCAGGAACCCAGAAAAAGAAGAAGAGAUUUCAGAGGAAGUCGGGGGUCAUGUGCUUCUACUUCUUGGAUGGCGCGCAUAGGGCCCUGGAGUGCCCUAAGUUCCUCAAGAACAAGGAUGAGGGAUUGGUUACUGAGGAAGAUGGCAAGAUGUAUGAUAGACAGGGCCGAGUGGUAAAGAGGGCUCCGGACGGGGGUCGAGCCCAGCAGUAUAGGCAAAACCAGGAGGAGAUGAGCGAGUAAGGGGCUGGUUCGCCUCUACGCUAGUAGAAGCG